AUGUUAUCCCAGGAAGAAUCUCCUCCCGCUAAAACACCGUUACAAUUCGAAUCAUGGUCAUGGGCUCAAAACGUGCAAUUUUAUCUUGAUGUACCUUCAAACAGGAGAGUUAAAAAUCCUCCUUUUGUGUAUGACAAAAAUGUGGAAUACAAGUAUGGAUGUUUCAAAUAUGGAGAUAAAAUUCUUUCCGGUCCAGUUCCCGUCUCUGCUCCUGUUCUCGAUUUGCCGCCUUCCGUCUCUAAUGGUCACCAGCGAGCACCGAAAGGACAAGGAAUUGCUUCAGAGCAAGAGGAAGAUGAGAGCGAUAGUGAAUGCAGUGACGACGACCUACCUUAUAAAGCAGAAAUAGACGAAGAGGAAUGGAAACGAGACUGUGAAGACGCGGAAUUGUGGAGAAAAGAACAAGAACAGGCGAUGAGGAAUGAAAUAGCAAAGCAAGAAGAAUUGUUGGCAAAGAAGAGAAGACUUGAAACAUCGGUUCCGUACCCGUCGUAUCAUCCCAGAGCAGGCAAUUACAAAUACCAAGUGUGGUAUAAGAAAGGAGCGCCAGACGGUUUUCAAUUAGAUCCUGCAUUUGAAAUCUGUAAAAUCGACAACAAUGCGGAUUCAGCGUCCCACAAAAGGGUGAAGUCUGACUUGAAACAUCUCCCAGUAUGGUUUCAGCUAGAUCCUACAUUCAAAGCCUAUAAAAUCAAUAACGAUGAUGAUUCAGCGUCCCACAGAAUGAUGAAGUUUGCAUUGACGCUCCUGCCACUUAUGGGAAUUGAGAUAUCGGGGGAAUCCGAAACGGUGUUUCAUGAGCACUUCAUCUUGACAAGAGUGGGAAUAGAUAACAUGGAAGUAGAUGACAUUUUCUUCCGUCGCUGUGUCGAGAGAUCGGUACAACAUGAUCCGCCUCUUCUUCUGGAAAUCAUGGAGCAGUUCUACUUCUACUCGGAGAAGAAAGGUCAAAAACAUCCGAUCGCACAAUUCUAUCCACCAAGCUACACAUACGAGAUGAUUGAAUAUUGCGAGGAUCGUUACUGGACUGAACAUCAGGGAGAGUUGCCUGGUCGGCUCAAGUACCCGCAGAAACGAGUCACCUGGGUAGUUGAUCCACCAACUCCUGCUGAAUGGAAAGAGAUCAUGGAUAUUAAAUAUAGUUUUAUUCAACCUGGUGGUGAGAUGUUCGUUCUGAAUUUCGCUGAAACUAAACAAGAACUCAAAUGUUGUGUUGGUUUUGGAUUAGAGUUGGCGGGAUGUUCUGAAAAAACCGUAGAAGUUGGAAAACCGAACAUUGAAUGA